UACAAGUCUACAACAAAGCAAUUGCCCCCAUUUUGUAGACCUGUUAAUUUAAUUCUUCAGGAGAAGAGCCGAAGACGAAGAGGGCUCCCGGUUGUUUCGAAAACCCUAGGGGUAGUCAAUUGCUUGAGACGCAUGCAUGUAUUAGAUUCAAUCUGUGGGGAACUCGGAAGAAGUUGUUUAUCAUUAUAGGUUCUUAUUGAUCAGGAAUCAUGGACAUAGAUGAGGAAAAUACUGUCUCCUCCUCAGCUGUUGAGCCUUCCGUUCCGCUUGCUGGUAAUGAAACUGUGGUUUCUUCAGUUGAUGCAAUCUCACUUCAGCCAGUUCAACCUGUAAUUCCGCCAAUCAUUCCAACCCCGGUCAUACCUCCUAUUGCCCCAAUACCUCCGCUCCCAGUUCCAAGACCAUUGGCACCGCUGCCUGUCCGACCUCCACUCGUCAGGCCUCCUCUACAACAGAAUGGAGGAACUACUGAUUCUGAUUCUGAUCAGGAAGAGUCAGGUUCGAACCGUGCUGCUGCAGGCUCGACUCAGGAAUAUGAGAUUUCAGAAGAAAGCAGACAGGUUAGGGAGAGGCAGGAGAAAGCGGUGCAGGAACUUCUGAUGAAGCGACGAGCGGCUGCCUUGGCAGUUCCGACUAAUGAUAAUGCUGUCCGAGCUAGGCUUCGACGGCUUGGUGAACCUAUAACUCUUUUUGGAGAGAGGGAAAUGGAGAGACGUGAUCGACUCCGGACGCUUAUGGCAAAACUUGAUUCUGAAGGCCAGUUGGAAAAGCUGAUGAAGGCUCAUGAGGAUGAAGAAGCUGCAGCUAAGGUGACACCUUCAGAACCUGAAGAAGAUAUUCAGUAUCCCUUUUAUACUGAAGGUUCACAAGCAUUACUAGAAGCCCGUCGAGAGAUUGCAAAGUAUUCUAUUGUGAAGUCAGCAUUACGCCUCCAUCGUGCAAGGAGGAAAAGGGAUGACCCAGAUGAGGAUUUGGAUGCAGAAGUAGAUUGGUCUCUGAAGCAGGCUGCAAACCUGGUCCUAGAAUGCAGCGAGAUUGGUGAUGAUCGGCCCCUUUCAGGGUGCUCAAUUUCACAUGAUGGAAAGAUGCUUGCCACCUGUUCUUUAAGUGGAGUAACCAAGUUGUGGAGCAUGCCUGAAGUAAACAAGGUUUCCGCACUGAAGGGGCAUACUGAACGAGCUACAGAUGUUGCGUUCUCUCCCACCAGUUACCUAUUGGCUACUGCUUCUGCGGACAGGACUGCAAGACUAUGGAAUGUGGAGGGGUCGGUCCUGAGAACAUUUGAGGGCCAUUUGGAUCGUCUUGCUCGGAUUUCCUUCCAUCCAUCUGGAAAGUACCUUGGUACAGCUAGCUUUGACAAGACUUGGAGGUUAUGGGAUGUAGAGACUGGUGAAGAGUUGCUUCUCCAAGAAGGUCAUAGUAGGAGUAUAUAUGGAAUAUCUUUUCAUCAUGAUGGCUCCUUAGCAGCUUCUUGCGGACUGGAUUCUCUUGCUCGUGUGUGGGACCUGAGAUCCGGCAGAAGUAUUCUUGCUCUGGAAGGCCAUGUGAAGCCUGUUCUUGGUGUUAGUUUUUCUCCGAAUGGUUAUCAUUUGGCUACUGGAGGUGAAGACAAUACUUGCAGGAUAUGGGACUUGAGGAAGAGAAAAUCGUUGUACAUAAUACCUGCUCAUUCUAACCUUAUUUCUCAAGUCAAAUUUGAACCCCAGGAGGGAUACUUUUUGGUUACAGCGUCGUAUGAUAUGACUGCUAGGGUGUGGUCUUCAAGAGAUUUUAAGCCUGUAAGGACUUUAUCUGGUCAUGAAUCGAAAGUUACAUCACUGGAUGUUGUUGGAGAUGGACAAUAUAUUGCAACUGUGUCACACGAUCGAACAAUCAAACUAUGGUCGAGUAGAGAAGCCGAGAAAGACAAGGCAAUGGAAGUUGACUGAACCGGACAUGGAUGCAACUGUAUUGCCAAGAGUUUAAUUACUUGUGAGGCUUUACAUAAAAAAGAUUCAAACUGCUUCCUCUAACUGGGUACACAUAUUAUAUGAAGUGACUCUCUCCUACACAUAAGCUUGCUCUUGUAAUUUGUCCCAUAUCCAUCACUAUGCAUUCUUGUCUAGAAUCUUAAACUCAGACCUCCCAAUUUCUCACGGCAUGUUUCCCUCCCUUUGGUUGCAUCACAUGACUCCAUUUUAUGGUUCUACAGUGAUAGCAAGGGGCUCACCUGAGUAUUGCACGGCAGAAAAAAUCAUCUAUUCGUCUUCUCUCGCUCUGCUGUUGCGUGACGAACAUGGAAACAAAGUGAUGCGGUUCUUCAGAUAUAGCAAACCACAUGAGUUAACUAUGCAUGGAGUAAUCCUGUUCAUGAUACUGGCAAAUGCUUUCAAUCUCAUAUUUGCAGUGUAAGAUGGAGAUAGAUUGACUGAUUGUUGGAAACAUUGAUGAAUGAGGGAAUGAAACAGAGGAUUUGGAGCCAUUUCUUGUUAAGUGUUGGUCAAUGGCAGUGCUCCACUGACCUGAGUCUGGAUUCUUCUGAAGGCGCAACAAUUACUGUUUGGAGAUGGACUUAUCUUAAGAGCUUAAUUUUAUUUGACAAAUCCAGACAAUACUUUAUAUUAUAAUAAUAUAUAAGGAUUAGAAAUUUGUUUUGGAUAAA